UGAUUAGCAACCGACACUUAGUAUUUGCAUCGCAACAGGAAAGUAGCUUGAAGUUACAGCGCGCAAAAUGCUCAAAUAUGUCUAAAAAGACCGUCUAACCAUGGGAAACUGCCACGCCAAGAAGACGUCGGCAAUUUCUCCCAGGGGUAAAGGGUCGCAUCAGGAUAUCUGCGCUGUUCUGUCUCAGAACACGCCCAACUCCCGGUCUGGCAUCGUCUACAACGACAUGGAGUCGAUGCUACGACACGGUGAAGAAAUUCUGCAGCCUCUCACUGGAGCCCAAAAACCUGUGGUCUCUGCAGGCGGGGUGGCAUUUGACGUUGACAUGAGCAAGGUCCGACCACGGCGGCUUCCACCAAUUAAUGCUGACAACAGGCCCUCUGUGGAAGCCAGGCCCCCCAGGCCUCCAAAGAAGACCUCUGUGGGUACAAAGAAGAAGUCCACUGUGAAGGCCCAAAAUGUCGGAACGGUAGAGAAAAAAGAUGAUGAUGAGAUGCCAGUGAGGAGGAAAGUAAUCAAGCAUGUGGACUCCCCUAGGCCACCAAGACCUCAAGAUUUCGGGUUUGAGUUCUCAAAUGAGGAAGAUCAGCUGAUGAAGGAGAUCAUGCGAGAACAUGCUCUGAAGGAGAAACAAGAGAAAGCUCGCCGAUUGGCUGAGGGAAGAAGAGCCUCAACCAAUGAGGUCGCUCUGUCUGCUUCUGCUCCUCAGGCUACCACCUCCAUCACUGCUGCCAUUCCUGUAAUGCAGUACACUGCAGAGGAAGACGAGCUCAUGCAUGAGAUCCUGGGUGCCGACACCAUCAACCAGCGCCGCGAGAAGGCCCGCCGCAUGUCUGAGCGCCGCCACACCCCCGCCAGACUGGAGAGGCCUCGGGCAGCCAAGGCCCAGAGGAGCCCAUGCCUUGUAAAGCACUAUGUGACAGAGGAGGAAGCCAUCAUAGAAGAGAUCAUGUGUGAUGAUGUCCCCACUGAGAGGCCUAAGCCAAAGACGCCAAAGACCGAGGAUGAUCUGUUCAUUGAGGAGAUAUUGAACGAUGACUACCUCGAGGAGGCUAGCAAGGCAUUCAAGGCUGCACAGGACGCCACCAUUGCAGACAUCUUGAACGAUGACGUCUCUCCAACCAGCGCCAAUAAAAUCCAGGGCAGAGGGGACGGCAGGCCACGCACCCAGGGGUUGAGCACACGUGCUGCCUCACAGGCUGGCUCCACCCUGAAAUAAAGAGCAGACAUCUCGGCAAGCUUUUUACAUGAUUCUUCCUGUAGAUAUAUUUUAAUUCAUGUUUACAUUUAUAAAAAAAAUUGUACUUUUACAAAUUGUUUUAUAUGUUCCGUUCCUCAAGUAGAUUGAGACAAAUAAGUUUUAUUUUUACACAUUUCUACUUUGUUACCAUAGAUAUUAUUUUUAUUUACACAUUUCUCUUUUAAAUACACACAAUUCUGUUUAACUGUAGAAUACAAUGAAACCUUUUUUUUCAACAAAUCUUUCUUAAGAUUUAGACUAUUAACCUUCAUUUUAAUACUUAUACCUGUGCAUUUAGAACAUUAAACUUAUUUUUUUUCAUUUUAUACUGUAAAUUUAAACAAAUCUUAGUUUUACACAUUUCAUUCAGUACUGCCUUGAACAAUUGUAUUUACUUUUUUUCAAUUGGUAACAUAAAUCAACCGCAGUUUUGUACAAAUAUGUUUUAGUUUUCAACAUUUCUGCCUAGUUAACACAUUUUUCUAUGUGAAAUCUAAUUGACUUAGCACACUUCUUGCUAAAUAUUAACCCAAUUUACAUGUUUGCAUUGUUUCCUGUGGAUUUAGAUUACCCUGUAAACCUUAAUACAUUUUGUCCUGUAGUUGUAGACAAGUCUGGUGUGCCAUUCCUUAAGCUUUCAAAAAAUAUGUUUAACUUAAUGACAUGAUUUUUCUUUUCGAGUAAGCUUAAUGUGUUUUACUUGGUUAUAAGAAACUUUUGUUUACUUUGACACAUUUUUGGUUCAGGUAAUUUUGUUUUGCUUUUACAUUUUUCUUCAUGAAGAUUUACAAGCAAUGUAGCACAUUACUGCAUCUGAAGUAAAACAAGUAUUCCUGUAGAUGUUUACAUUUUUACAGUAGAUUACACCACUUUCUUUCUAAGUAUACUUGUUUUCCUCUUUUAACUCUUACAGCUAUAUAAGUAAUACAGUCACUGUUGAUUUCCCCAUAUUUUCCUGCACAACUUUUAUUUUCCUUAAAAAUCAUUUAAAGUUUGCUUUGACCAUGAAUAAUCAUGAUUUUUCUUACAUUUCUUCUUACAUGUAUAUUUUAAUUUCCUUUGUGGGACUUUCAAUUAAUUGAGUUUUAAAGUUAUAUAUACUCUUUUUAGAUACUUUAAUUUGUUCUCUAAUACUUAAUAUUGCUGGUAACUUCACCUACUCUAGAUUGACAUUAUUCCUGUAGCUUACAUAUUUUUCCAGUAUCCUUGCUCAAUUCAGUGUAUUAUUACAUUUACUUUAACUGCAGCUUUAGCUUAUGCCAUUUUUAUUACAUCUAAAAUCAACUCAUUCUGAACUUUAACUUAAUUCCUUUCAACGUUGGAAUUUGAAAGAGAGGUCUAAAUAGUUUUUAAAGAAGUGUAGGGAGUUUGUAAGAAGUUCAAAGUAGUUUGUAGGAAGUUUGAAAGAAGUCAAGGAAGUUUGAUGGUUAGAAAGGUCUAGGAAGUUUGUAUGGGAGGUUUAGGCAGUUUGUAAGAGAGGUCUAGGGAGUUUGUAUAAGAGGUAUAGGGAGUUUGUAUGAGGGGUUUAUGGAGUUUGUAGGAGAGGUUUGGGGACUUAGUAAGAGGUCUAGGGAGUUUGUAAGAGAAGUCUAGGGAGUUUAUAAGAGAGGUUUAUGGAGUUUGUAUGAGAGGUCUAGGGAGUUUGUAAGAGAGGUAUAGGGAGUUUGUAAGAGAGGUCUAGGGAGUUUGUUAUAGAGGUCAUAUGUAUUUGUAAGAGAGGUCAUGGGAAUUUGUAAAAAAAGUAUAGGGAGUUUGUAAGAGAGGUCUAAGGAGUUUGUAAGAGAGGUUUAGGGAGUUUGUAUGAGAGUUCUAGGGAGUUUGUAUGAGACAUCCAGGGAGUUUAUAAAAGAGGUCUAGGGAGUUUGUAUGAGAGGUCUAGGGAGUUUGUAAGAGAAGUCAAGGGAGUUUAUAAGAGAGUUCUAGGGAGUUUGUAAGUGAGGUCAUAUGUUUUUGUAAGAGAGGUUUAUGGAUUUUGUAAGAGAGGUCUAGGGAGGUUGUAAAUAAAGAUCUAGGGAGUUUGUAAGAAUGGUCAAGAGAGAUAUUGCAUGAGACGUCUAGGGAGUUUAUAUGAGAGGUCUAUGGAGUUUGUAAGAGAGGUCUACUGAGUUUGUAAGAGAGGUCUAGGGUGUUUGUAAGAGAGGUCUAGGGAGUUUGUUAAAGAGGUCUUGGGAGUUUGUCAGAGAGGUCUAUGGAGUUUGUAAGAGAGGUCUUGGGAGUUUGUCAGAGAGGUCUAUGGAGUUUGUAAGAGAGGUCUAGAGAGUUUGUAAGAGAGGUCUAGGGAGUCUGUAAGAGAGGUAUAUGGAGUUUGUGAGAGUGAUUUAGGGAGUUUCUUAUGGACAGUUUUGAGAGUGGUUAAAGGUAGUUUAAACAAGCAGUCUUGUAAGAUAGGUGUUAAUUGUUUAUGCCAGAAGACUUAAGUGCUUGUAAGAGGGGUUUGGUAUUUUCAUUAAGACAUAUUUGAAGAAAUUUUAGGUGUUGGAAGUCAGAGUUUUUCAUUAAAUGAUUAGAAUUAUUGUUAGAAAGGACUUGUGGAACUGUCUUAUAUGACCUUUUACAUUGUUGUAAGGAUAGGCAAAUUUCUGAGUAUGAAGUUUGAUUGCAGUUACAUGGGCCAUAAGCCUUUGUAUGACAUUAGGAUGUUGAAGAAAUAGCAAUAGUGCUGAGAAUUGGAUUGUGGUUAAGAUAAUAGCAUAGGCAAUGAUUUUUACCAUAUAGAACGUUGUCUAGAAAAACAGUACAAUGACCAUAGACCAUUACAAUUGUGAAUAUAGCCAAACCUAAGACUCUUUAUUUAAACCUGAGUGCUCUGCAUGACCUUGGACUUCAGUUAAUUAAGCCUGUGUUCUCAGCAAGACCUAAGACUCAUUUAUUAAGCCUUAUUGCUCAGCAUGACCUUGGACUGUAGUUAAUUAAGCUGGAGUUCUCAGCAAGACCUUGAAUUGUAAUUAAUUAAGCUUGUGUGCUCAGAAUGACCUUCUACUGUAGUAAAUUAAGCCUGAGUGCUCAGCAUGACCUUGGGCAGUAGCUAAUUAAGCCUGAGUGCUCACCAUGAACUAUUAUUAUAGUAAAUUAAGCCUGAGUGCCUAGCAUGACCUAUGACUAGAAAAUUAAGCCUGAGUGCUCAGCAUGACAUUGGACAGUAGCUAAUUAAGCCUGAGUGCUCAGCAUGACCUAUGGCUGUAGUAAAUUAAGUCUGAGUGCUCAGCAAGACCUUGGACAGUAGCUAAUUAAGCCAGAGUGCUCAGCAUGGCCUUUGACUGUAGUUAAUUAAGCUCGAGUGCUCAGCAUGAACUAUGAUUAUAGUUAAUUAAGCCUGAGUGCCUAGCAUGACCUAUGACUGUAGUAAAUUAAGACUUAGUGCUCAGCAUGACCUUGGACAGUAGCAAAUUAAGCCAGAGUGCUCAGGGUGACCUUGGACUGUAGUUAAUUAAGCCUGAGGGCUCAGCAUGAACUAUGAUUAUAGUAGAUUAAGCCUGAGUGCCCAGCAUGACCUAUGACUGUAGUAAAUUAAGCUUGAGUGCUCAGCAUGACCUUGGACUGUAGUUAAUUAAGCUUGAGUGCUCAGCAUGAACUAUGAUUAUAAUAAAUUAAGCCUGAGUGCCUAGCAUGACCUAUGACUGUAGAAAAUUAAGCCUGAGUGCUCAGCAUGACCUUGGGCAGUAGCUAAUUAAGCCAGAGUGCUCAGGAUGACCUAUGACUGUAGUUAAUUAAGCUUGAGUUCUCAGCAUAAACUAUGAUUAUAGUUAAUUAAGCAUGAGUGCCUAGCAUGACAUAUGACUGUAGCAAAUUAUGCCAGAGUGCUCAGGAUGACCUUGGACUGUAGUUAAUUAAGCUUGAGUGCUCAGCAAGAACUAUGAUUAUAGUUAAUUAAGCCUGAGUGCCUAGCAUGACAUAUGACUGUAGUAAAUUAAGCCAGAGUGCUCAGGAUGACCUUGGACUGUAGUUAAUUAAGCCAGAGUGCUCAGGAUGACCUUAUACUGUAGUAAAUUAAGCCUGAGUGCUCAGCAUGACCUAUGACUGUAGUUAAUUAAGCUUGAGUGCUCAGCAUGAACUAUGAUUAUAGUUAAUUAAGCCUGAGUGCCUAGCAUGACCUAUGACUGUAGUAAUUUAAGCCAGAGUGUUCAGGAUGACCUUGGACUGUAGUUAAUUAAGCUUGAGUGCUCAGCAUGUCCUGUGAUUGUAGUAAAUUAUGCCUGAGUGCUCAGCAUGACCUUGGACUGUAGUUAAUUAAGCUUGAGUGCUCAGCAUGACCUGUGAUUAUAGUAAAUUUAGCCAGAGUGCUGAGCAUGACCUUGGACUGUAGUUAAUUACGCCUGAGUGCUCAGCAUGACCGUUGACUGUAGUUAAUUAAUCUUGAGUGCUCAGCAUGACCUAUGGUUAUAGUAAAUUCAACCUUAGAGCUCAGCAUGACCUUGGACUGUUGUUAAUUAAGCCUGCAUGCUCAGCAUGACCUAGGAAUACUGUUAAAGUAUGACCUCAUAGACUGUAGUGAAGAUAGCCAUGGUGCUAAUUAUGACAGCAUAGACUGUAUUGAAGAUAGCUGAAGUGCUAAAUAUGACCACAUAGACUGUAGUAAAGAUAGCCAUAGUGCUUUGUAUGACCAAAGACUGUUGUGAAGAUAGCCAGAGUGCUGAGUAUGACCAAAGACUGUAGUGAAGAUAGCCAUAGUGCUGAGUAUGACCACAAACUGUAGUGAAGAUGGCCAGAGUGCUGAGUAUGACCACUUGGACUGUUGUGAAGAUAGCCAUAGUGCUGAGUAUGACCACAAGCUGUAGUGAAGAUAGCUGUAGUGCUGAGUAUGACCAAAGACUGUAGUGAAGAUAGCCAUAGUGCUGAGUACGACCAAAGACUGUAGUGAAGAUGGCCAGAGUGCUGAGUAUGACCACUUGGACUGUUGUGAAGAUAGCCAUAGUGCUGUGUAUGACCACAAGCUGUAGUGAAGAUAGCCGUAUAGCUGAGUAUGACCACAUAUACUGUAGUGAAGAUAGCCAUAGUGCUGAGUAUGACCACAUAGACUGUAGUGACGAUAGCCAGAAUGCUGAGUAUGACCGAAGACUGUAGUGAAGAUAGCCAGAGUGCUGAGUAUGACCACAUAGACUGUAGGGAAGAUAGCCAGAGUGCUAAGUAUGACCAAAGACUGUAGUGAAGAAGCCAGAGUGCUGAGUAUGACCAAAGACUGUAGUGAAUAUAGCCAUUGUGCUGAGAAUGACCAAAGACUGUAGUGAAGAUAGCCAGGGUGAUGAGUAUGACCACAUAGACUGUAGUGAAGAUAGCCAGAGUGCUGAGUAUGACCAAAGACUGUAGUGAAGAUAGCCAGAGUGCUUAGUAUGACCACAUAGACUGUAGGGAAGAUAGCCAGAGUGCUAAGUAUGACCAUAGACUGUAGUAAAAAUAGCCAGAGUGCUGAGUAUGACCAAAGACUGUAGUGAAGAGAGCCAUAGUGCUGAGUAUGACCAAAUACUGUUGUGAAGAUAGCCAUAGUGCUGAGUAUGACCAAAGACUGUAGUAAAGAUAGCAAUAGUGCUGAAUAUAACCACAUAGACAGUAGUGAAGAUAGCCAGAGUGCUGAGUAUGACCAAAGACUGUUGUGAAGAUUGCAAGAGUGCUGAGGAUGACCAAAGACUGAACUGAAGAUAGCCAGAGUGCUGUGUAUGUCCACAUAGACUGUAGUGAAGAUAGCCAUAGUGCAGAGUAUGACCAAAGACUUUAGUAAAGAUAGCCAUAGUGCUAGUAUGACCAAAGACUGUAGUGAAGAUAGCCACAAUGCUGAGUAUGACCACAUAGACUGUAGUGAAGAUAGCCAGAGUGCUGAGUAUGACCAAAGACUGUAGUGAAGAUAACCAGAGUGCUGAGUAUGACCAAAGACUGUAGUGAAGAUAGCCAGAGUGCUGAGUAUGACCAAAGACUGUAGUGAAGAUAGCCAUAGUGCUGAGUAUGACCAAAGACUGUAGUGAAAAUAGCCAGAGUGCUGAGUAUGAUCACAUACACUGUAGUGAAGAUAGCCAGAAUGCUUAGUAUGACAAAGACCGUAGUGAAGAUAGCCAGAGUGCUGAUUAUGACCACAUAUACUGUAGUGAAGAUAGCCAGAGUGCUGACUAUGACCAUAGACAGUAGCGAAGAUAGCCAGAGUGCUGAGUAUGACCACAUAGACUGUAGUGAAGAUAGCCAGCGUGCUGCCUAUGACCAAACACUGUUGUGAAGAUAGCCAGAGUGCUGAGUAUGACCAUAAACUGUAGUGAAGAUAGCCAGAGUGCUGAGUAUGACCAUAGACUGUAGUGAAGAUAGCCAGUGUGCUGCCUAUGCCCAAAGACUGUAAUGAAGAUAGAUAUAGUGCUGAGUAUGACCACAUAGACUGUAGUGAAGAUAGCCAGAGAGCUGAAUAUGACCAUAGACUGGAAUGAAGAUUGCCAUAGUGCUGAGUAUGACCAUAUACUGUUUUGAAGAAAGCCAUAGUGCUGAGUAUGACCACAUAGACUGUAGUGAAGAUAGCCAGAGUGCUAAGUAUGACCAAAGACUGUAGUGUAGAUAGCCAGAGUGAUGAGUAUGACCAAAGACUGUAGUGAAGAUAGCCAGAGUGCUGAGUAUGACCACAUAGACUGUAGUGAAGAUAGCAAGAGUGCUGAGUAUGACCUAAGACUGUAGUGAAGGUAACCAGAGUGCUGAGUAUGACCAAAGACUGUAGUGAAGAUAGCCAUAGUGCUGAGUAUGACCACAUAGACGGUAAUGAAGAUAGCCAGAGUGCUGAGUAUGACCAAAGACUGUAGUAAAGAUAGCCAUAGUGCUGCGUAUGACCAAAGACUGUAGUGAAGAAGCCAGAGUGCUGAGUAUGACAAAAGACUGUAGUGAAUAUAGCCAUUGUGCUGAGAAUGACCAAAGACUGUAGUGAAGAUAGCCAGGGUGAUGAGUAUGACCACAUAGACUGUAGUGAAGAUAGCCAUAGUGCUGAGUAUGACCAAAGACUGUAGUGAAGAUAGCCAGAGUGCUUAGUAUGACCACAUAGACUGUAGGGAAGAUAGCCAGAGUGCUAAGUAUGACCAUAGACUGUAGUAAAGAUAGCCAGAGUGCUGAGUAUGACCAAAGACUGUAGUGAAGAGAGCCAUAGUGCUGAGUAUGACCAAAUACUGUUGUGAAGAUAGCCAUAGUGCUGAGUAUGACCAAAGACUGUAGUGAAAAUAGCCAUAGUGCUGAGUAUGACCAAAGACUGUAGUAAAGAUAGCAAUAGUGCUGAAUAUAACCACAUAGACAGUAGUGAAGAUAGCCAGAGUGCUGAGUAUGACCAAAGACUGUUGUGAAGAUUGCAAGAGUGCUGAGGAUGACCAAAGACUGAACUGAAGAUAGCCAGAGUGCUGUGUAUGUCCACAUAGACUGUAGUGAAGAUAGCCAUAAUGCAGAGUAUGACCGAAGACUUUAGUAAAGAUAGCCAUAGUGCUAGUAUGACCAAAGACUGUAGUGAAGAUAGCCAGAGUGCUGAGUAUGACCACAUAGACUGUAGUGAAGAUAGCCAGAGUGCUGAGUAUGACCAAAGACUGUAGUGAAGAUAACCAGAGUGCUGAGUAUGACCAAAGACUGUAGUGAAGAUAGCCAGAGUGCUGAGUAUGACCAAAGACUGUAGUGAAGAUAGCCAUAGUGCUGAGUAUGACCAAAGACUGUAGUGAAAAUAGCCAGAGUGCUGAGUAUGAUCACAUACACUGUAGUGAAGAUAGCCAGAAUGCUUAGUAUGACAAAGACCGUAGUGAAGAUAGCCAGAGUGCUGAUUAUGACCACAUAUACUGUAGUGAAGAUAGCCAGAGUGCUGACUAUGACCAUAGACAGUAGCGAAGAUAGCCAGAGUGCUGAGUAUGACCACAUAGACUGUAGUGAAGAUAGCCAGCGUGCUGCGUAUGACCAAACACUGUUGUGAAGAUAGCCAGAGUGCUGAGUAUGACCAUAAACUGUAGUGAAGAUAGCCAGAGUGCUGAGUAUGACCAUAGACUGUAGUGAAGAUAGCCAGAGUGCUGCCUAUGCCCAAAGACUGUAGUGAAGAUAGCCAUAGUGCUGAGUAUGACCACAUAGACUGUAGUGAAGAUAGCCAGAGAGCUAAAUAUGACCAUAGACUGGAAUGAAGAUUGCCAUAGUGCUGAGUAUGACCAUAUACUGUUUUGAAGAAAGCCAUAGUGCUGAGUAUGACCACAUAGACUGUAGUGAAGAUAGCCAGAGUGCUAAGUAUGACCAAAGACUGUAGUGUAGAUAGCCAGAGUGAUGAGUAUGACCAAAGACUGUAGUGAAGAUAGCCAGAGUGCUGAGUAUGACCACAUAGACUGUAGUGAAGAUAGCAAGAGUGCUGAGUAUGACCUAAGACUGUAGUGAAGGUAACCAGAGUGCUGAGUAUGACCAAAGACUGUAGUGAAGAUAGCCAGAGUGCUGAGUAUGACCAAAGACUGUUGUGAAGAUAGCCAGAGUGCUGAAUAUGACGAAAGACUGUAGUGAAGAUAGCCAGAGUGCUGAGUAUGACCACAUAGACUGUAGUGAAGAUAGCCAGAGUGCUGAGUAUGACCAAAGACUGUAGUGAAGAUAGCCAUAGUGCUGAGUAUGGCCACAUAGAGGGUAUUGAAGAUAGCCAGAGUGCUGAUUAUGACCAAAGACUGUUGUAAAGAUAGCCAGAGUGCUGAGUAAGACCAAAGACUAUAGUAAAGAUAGCCAUAGUGCUGAGUAUGACCACAUAGACGGUAAUGAAGAUAGCCAGAGUGCUGAGUAUGACCAAAGUCUGUUGUGAAGAUAGCCAGAGUGCUGAGUAUGACCAAAGACUGUAGUAAAGAUAGCCAUAGUGCUGCGUAUGACCAAAGACUGUAGUGAAGAUAGCCAGAGUGCUGAGUAUGACCAAAGACUGUAGUGAAUAUAGCCAUUGUGCUGAGAAUGACCAAAGACUGUAGUGAAGAUAGCCAGGGUGAUGAGUAUGACCACAUAGACUGUAGUGAAGAUAGCCAGAGUGCUGAAUAUAACCACAUAGACAGUAGUGAAGAUAGCCAGAGUGCUGAGUAUGACCAAAGACUGUUGUGAAGAUUGCCAGAGUGCUGAGGAUGACCAAAGACUGAACUGAAGAUAGCCAGAGUGCUGUGUAUGUCCACAUAGACUGUAGUGAAGAUAGCCAUAAUGCAGAGUAUGACCGAAGACUUUAGUAAAGAUAGCCAUAGUGCUAGUAUGACCAAAGACUGUAGUGAAGAUAGCCAGAGUGCUGAGUAUGACCACAUAGACUGUAGUGAAGAUAGCCAUAGUGCUGAAUAUGACCAAAUAAUGUUGUGAAGAUAGCCAUAGUGCUGAAUAUGACCAAAGACUGUAGUAAAGAUAGCAAUAGUGCUGAAUAUGACCACAUAGACAGUAGUGAAGAUAGCCAGAGUGCUGAGUAUGACCAAAGACUGUUGUGAAGAUAGCCAGAGUGCUGAGUAUGACCACAUAGACUGUAGUGAAGAUAGCCAGAGUGCUGAGUAUGACCACAUAGACUGUAGUGAAGAUAGCCAGAGUGCUGAGUAUGACCAAAGACUGUAGUGAAAAAAGCCAGAGUGCUGAGUAUGACCACAUAGACUGUAGUGAAGAUAGCCAGAGUGCUGCAUAUGACCAAAGACUGUAGUGAAGAUAGCCAGAGUGCUGAAUAUGACCACAUAGACUGUAGUGAAGAUAGCCAGAGUGCUGAGUAUGACCAAAGACUUUAGUGAAGAUAGCCAGAGUGCUGAGUAUGACCAAAGUCUGUAAUAAAGAUAGCCAUAGUGCUGAGUAUGACCACAUAGACAGUAGUGAAGAUAGCCAGAGUGCUGAGUAUAACCAAAGACUGUUGUGAAGAUAGCCAGAGUGCUGAGUAUGACCAAAGACUGUAGUAAAGAUAGCCAUAGUGCUGAGUUUGACCACAUAGAUGGUAGUGAAGAUAGCCAGAGUGCUGAGUAUGACCAAAGACUGUAGUGAAGAUAGCCAUAGUGCUGCGUAUGACCAAAGACUGUAGUGAAGAUAGCCAGAGUGCUGAGUAUGACCAAAGUCUGUAGUGAAUAUAGCCAUAGUGCUGAGAAUGACCAAAGACUGCAGUGAAGAUAGCCAGGGUGAUGAGUAUGACCACAUAGACUGUAGUGAAGAUAGCCAGAGUGCUGAGUAUGACCAAAGACUGUAGUGAAAAUAGCCAGAGUGCUGAGUAUGACCACAUAGACUGUAGGGAAGAUAGCCAGAGUACUGUGUAUGACCAUAGACUGUAGUAAAUAUAGCCAGAGUGUUGAGUAUGACUAAAGACUGUAGUGAAGAUAGCCAUAGUGCUGACUAUGACCAAAUACUGUAGUGAAGAUAGCCAUAGUGCUGAGUAUGACCAAAGACUGUAGUAAAGAUAGCCAUAGUGCUGAGUAUGACCAAAGACUGUAGUGAAGAUAGCAAGAGUGCUGAGUAUGACCUAAGACUGUAGUGAAGGUAACCAGAGUGCUGAGUAUGACCAAAGACUGUAGUGAAGAUAGCCAGAGUGCUGAGUAUGACCAAAGACUGUUGUGAAGAUAGCCAGAGUGCUGAAUAUGACGAAAGACUGUAGUGAAGAUAGCCAGAGUGCUGAGUAUGACCACAUAGACUGUAGUGAAGAUAGCCACAGUGCUGAGUAUGACCAAAGACUGUAGUGAAGAUAGCCAUAGUGCUGAGUAUGACCACAUAGAGGGUAUUGAAGAUAGCCAGAGUGCUGAUUAUGACCAAAGACUGUUGUAAAGAUAGCCAGAGUGCUGAGUAAGACCAAAGACUAUAGUAAAGAUAGCCAUAGUGCUGAGUAUGACCACAUAGACGGUAAUGAAGAUAGCCAGAGUGCUGAGUAUGACCAAAGUCUGUUGUGAAGAUAGCCAGAGUGCUGAGUAUGACCAAAGACUGUAGUAAAGAUAGCCAUAGUGCUGCGUAUGACCAAAGACUGUAGUGAAGAUAGCCAGAGUGCUGAGUAUGACCAAAGACUGUAGUGAAUAUAGCCAUUGUGCUGAGAAUGACCAAAGACUGUAGUGAAGAUAGCCAGGGUGAUGAGUAUGACCACAUAGACUGUAGUGAAGAUAGCCAGAGUGCUGAAUAUAACCACAUAGACAGUAGUGAAGAUAGCCAGAGUGCUGAGUAUGACCAAAGACUGUUGUGAAGAUUGCCAGAGUGCUGAGGAUGACCAAAGACUGAACUGAAGAUAGCCAGAGUGCUGUGUAUGUCCACAUAGACUGUAGUGAAGAUAGCCAUAAUGCAGAGUAUGACCGAAGACUUUAGUAAAGAUAGCCAUAGUGCUAGUAUGACCAAAGACUGUAGUGAAGAUAGCCAGAGUGCUGAGUAUGACCACAUAGACUGUAGUGAAGAUAGCCAUAGUGCUGAAUAUGACCAAAUAAUGUUGUGAAGAUAGCCAUAGUGCUGAAUAUGACCAAAGACUGUAGUAAAGAUAGCAAUAGUGCUGAAUAUGACCACAUAGACAGUAGUGAAGAUAGCCAGAGUGCUGAGUAUGACCAAAGACUGUUGUGAAGAUAGCCAGAGUGCUGAGUAUGACCACAUAGACUGUAGUGAAGAUAGCCAGAGUGCUGAGUAUGACCACAUAGACUGUAGUGAAGAUAGCCAGAGUGCUGAGUAUGACCAAAGACUGUAGUGAAAAAAGCCAGAGUGCUGAGUAUGACCACAUAGACUGUAGGGAAGAUAGCCAGAGUGCUGCAUAUGACCAAAGACUGUAGUGAAGAUAGCCAGAGUGCUGAAUAUGACCACAUAGACUGUAGUGAAGAUAGCCAGAGUGCUGAGUAUGACCAAAGACUUUAGUGAAGAUAGCCAGAGUGCUGAGUAUGACCAAAGUCUGUAAUAAAGAUAGCCAUAGUGCUGAGUAUGACCACAUAGACAGUAGUGAAGAUAGCCAGAGUGCUGAGUAUGACCAAAGACUGUUGUGAAGAUAGCCAGAGUGCUGAGUAUGACCAAAGACUGUAGUAAAGAUAGCCAUAGUGCUGAGUUUGACCACAUAGAUGGUAGUGAAGAUAGCCAGAGUGCUGAGUAUGACCAAAGACUGUAGUGAAGAUAGCCAUAGUGCUGCGUAUGACCAAAGACUGUAGUGAAGAUAGCCAGAGUGCUGAGUAUGACCAAAGUCUGUAGUGAAUAUAGCCAUAGUGCUGAGAAUGACCAAAGACUGCAGUGAAGAUAGCCAGGGUGAUGAGUAUGACCACAUAGACUGUAGUGAAGAUAGCCAGAGUGCUGAGUAUGACCAAAGACUGUAGUGAAAAUAGCCAGAGUGCUGAGUAUGACCACAUAGACUGUAGGGAAGAUAGCCAGAGUACUGUGUAUGACCAAAGACUGUAGUGUAGAUAGUCAUAGUUCUGAGUAUGACCAAAUAGACUGUAGUGAAGAAAGCCAGAGUGCUGAGUAUGACCAAAGACUGUAGUGAAGAUAGCCAGUGUGCUGAGUAUGACCACAUAGACUGUAGUGAAUAUAGCCAGAGUGCUGCGUAUGACCAAAGACUGACGUGAAGAUAGCCAGAGUGCUGAGUAUGACCACAUAGACUGUAGUGAAGAUAGCCAGAGUGCUGAGUAUGACCAAAGACUGUAGUGAAGAUAGCCAGAGUGCUAAGUAUGACCAAAGACUGUAGUGAAGAUAGCCAGAGUGCUUAGUAUGGCCACAUAGGCUGUAGUGAAGAUAGCCAUAGUGAUGAGUAUGACCAUAGACUGUUGAGAAGAUAGCCAUAGUGCUGAGUAUGACCACACAGACUGUAGUGAAGAUAGCCAGAGUGCUGAGUAUGACCAUAGACUGUAGUGAAGAUAGCCAGAGUGAUGUGUAUGAUCAAUGACUGUAGUGAAGAUAGCCAGAGUUCUGAGUAUGACCACAUAGACUGUAGUGAAGAUAGCCAGAGUGCUGAGUAUGACCAAAGACUGUAGUGAAGAUGGCCAGAGUGCUGAGUAUGACCACAUAGACUGUAGUGAAGAUGGCCAGAGUGCUGAGUAUGACCAAAGACUGUUUUGAAGAUAGCCAGAGUGCUGAGUAUGACCAAAGACUGUAGUGAAGAAAGCCAGAGUGCUUAGUAUGGCCACAUAGGCUGUAGUGAAGAUAGCCAUAGUGAUGAGUAUGACCAUAGACUGUUGAGAAGAUAGCCAUAGUGCUGAGUAUGACCACACAGACUGUAGUGAAGAUAGCCAGAGUGCUGAGUAUGACCAUAGACUGUAGUGAAGAUAGCCAGAGUGAUGAGUAUGACCAUAGACUGUUGAGAAGAUAGCCAUAGGGCUGAGUAUGACCACACAGACUGUAGUGAAGAUAGCCAGAGUGCUGAGUAUGACCAUAGACUGUAGUGAAGAUAGCCAGAGUGAUGUGUAUGAUCAAUGACUGUAGUGAAGAUAGCCAUAGUUCUGAGUAUGACCACAUAGACUGUAGUGAAGAUAGCCAGAGAGCUGAGUAUGACCAUAGACUGUAGUGAAGAUAGCCAUAGUGCUGAGUAUGACCAUAGACUGUUUUGAAGAUGGCCAUAGUGCUGAGUAUGACCACAUAGACUGUAGUGAAGAUAGCCAGAGUGCUGAGUAUGACCAUAGACUGAAGUGAAGAUAGCCAGAGUGCUGAGUAUGACCACAUAGGCUGUAUUGAAAAUAGUCAGAGUGCUGAGAAUGACCAUAGACUGUACAGAAGAUAGCCAGAGUGCUGAGUAUGACCUCAUAGACUGUAGUGAAGAUAGCCAUAGUGCUGAGAAUGACCAUAGACUGUAGAGAAGAUAGCCAAAGUGAUGAGUAUGACCACAUAGACUGUAGCAAAGAUAGCCAUAGUGCUGAGUAUGACCACAUAGACUGUAUUGAAGAUAGCCAGAGUGCUGAGUAUGACCAUAGACUGUUGUGAAGAUAGCCAGAGUGCUGAGUAUGACCAAAGACUGUAGUGAAGAUAGCCAGAGUGCUGAGUAUGACCAAAGACUGUAGUGAAGAUAGCCAUAGUGCUGAGUAUGACCACAUAGACUGUAGUGAAGAUAGCCAUAGUGCUGAGUAUGACCAAAAACUGUAGUUAAGGUAGCCAGAGUGCUGCAUAUGACCAAAGACUGUUGUAAAGAUAGCCAGAGUUCUGAGUAUGACCAAAGACUGUAGUAAAGAUAGCCAUAGUGCUGGGUAUGACCACAUAGACUGUAGUGAAGAUAGCCAGAGUGCUGCAUAUGACCAAAGACUGUUGUGAAGAUAGCCAGAGUGCUGCAUAUGACCAAAGACUGUUGUGAAAAUAGCCAGAGUGCUGAGUAUGACCAAAGACUGUAGUAAAGAUAGCCAGUGUGCUAGGUAUGACCACAUAGACUGUAGUGAAGAUAGCCAGAUUGCUGAGUAUGACCAAAGACUGUAGUGAAGAUUGCCAGAGUGCUGCGUAUGACCAAAGGCUGUAAUGGAGAUAGCCAGAGUGCUGAGUAUGACCACAUAGACUGUAUUGAAGAUAGCCAGAGUGCUGAGUAUGACCAAAGACUGUAGUGAAGAUAGCCAGAGUGCUGAGUAUGACCAAAGACUGCUGUGAAGAUAGCCAGAGUGCUGAGUAUGAUCAAAGACUGUAGUGAAGAUAGCCAGAGUGCUGAGUAUGACCACAUAGACUGUAAUGAAGAUAGCCAUAGUGCUGAGUAUGACCAACGACUUUAGUGAAGAUAGCCAUAGUGUUGAGUAUGACCAAAGACUGUAGUGAAGAUAGCCAGAGUGCUGAGUAUGACCACAUAGACUGUAGUGAAGAUAGCCAGAGUGCUGAUUAUGACCACAUAGACUGUAGUGAAGAUAGCCAGAGUGCUGAGUAUGACCAAAGACUGUAGUGAAAAAAGCCAGAGUGCUGAGUAUGACCACAUAGACUGUAGUAAAGAUAGCCAGAGUGCUGCGUAUGACCAAAGACUAGUGAAGAUAGCCAGAGUGCUGAAUAUGACCACAUAGACUGUAGUGAAGAUAGCCAGAGUGCUGAGUAUGACCAAAGACUGUAGCGAAGAUAGCCAGAGUGCUGAGUAUGACCAAAGUCUGUAAUAAAGAUAGCCAUAGUGCUGAGUAUGACCACAUAGACAGUAGUGAAGAUAGCCAGAGUGCUUUGUAUGACCAAAGACUGUUGUGAAGAUAGCCAGAGUGCUGAGUAUGACCAAAGACUGUAGUAAAGAUAGCCAUAGUGCUGAGUAUGACCACAUAGAUGGUAGUGAAGAUAGCCAGAGUGCUGAGUAUGACCAAAGACUGUUGUGAAGAUAGCCAUAGUGCUGCGUAUGACCAAAGACUGUAGUGAAGACAGGCAGAGUGCUUAGUAUGACCAAAGUCUGUAGUGAAUAUAGCCAUAGUGCUGAGAAUGACCAAAGACUGCAGUGAAGAUAGCCAGGGUGAUGAGUAUGACCACAUAGACUGUAGUGAAGAUAGCCAGAGUGCUGAGUAUGACCAAAGACUGUAGUGAAAAUAGCCAAAGUGCUGAGUAUGACCACAUAGACUGAAGGGAAGAUAGCCUGAGUACUGUGUAUGACCAUAGACUGUAGUAAAUAUAGCCAGAGUGCUGAGUAUGACUAAAGACUGUAGUGAAGAUAGCCAUAGUGCUGAGUAUGACCAAAUACUGUAGUGAAGAUAGCCAUAGUGCUGAGUAUGACCAAAGACUGUAGUAAAGAUAGCCAUAGUGCUGAGUAUGACCAAAGACUGUAGUGAAGAUAGCCAGAGUGCUGAGUAUGACCAUAGACUGUAUUGAAGAUAGCCAGAGUGCUGAGUAUGACUAAAGACUGUAGUGAAGAUAACCAGAGUGCUGAGUAUGACCAAUGACUGUAGUGAAGAUAGCCAUAGUGCUGAGUAUGACCAAAGACUGUAGUGAAGAUAGCCAGGGUGUUGAGUAUGACCACAUAGACUGUAGGGAAGAUAGCCAUAGUAAUGAGUAUGACCAAUGACUUUAGUGAAGAUUGCCAUAGUACUGAGUAUGACCAAAGACUGUAGUGUAGAUAGACAUAGUUCUGAGUAUGACCAAAUAGACUGUAGUGAAGAAAGCCAGAGUGCUGAGUAUGACCAAAGACUGUAGUGAAGAUAGCCAGUGUGCUGAGUAUGACCACAUAGACUGUAGUGAAGAUAGCCAGAGUGCUGUGUAUGACCAAAGACUGUAGUGAAGAUAGCCAGAGUGCUGAGUAUGACCAAAGUCUGUAAUAAAGAUAGCCAUAGUGCUGAGUAUGACCACAUAGACAGUAGUGAAGAUAGCCAGAGUGCUGAGUAUGACCAAAGACUGUUGUGAAGAUAGCCAGAGUGCUGAGUAUGACCAAAGACUGUAGUAAAGAUAGCCAUAGUGCUGAGUAUGACCACAUAGAUGGUAGUGAAGAUAGCCAGAGUGCUGAGUAUGACCAAAGACUGUAGUGAAGAUAGCCAUAGUGCUGCGUAUGACCAAAGACUGACGUGAAGAUAGGCAGAGUGCUUAGUAUGACCAAAGUCUGUAGUGAAGAUAGCCAGAGUGCUGAGUAUGACCACAUAGACUGUAGUGAAGAUAGAGAGUGCUGAGAAUGACCAAAGACUGUUGAGAAGAUAGCCAUAAUGCUGAGUAUGACCACACAGACUGUAGUGAAGAUAGCAAGAGUGCUGAGUAUGACCAUAGACUGUAGUGAAGAUAGCCAGAGUGCUGUGUAUGAUCAAUGACUGUGGUGAAGAUAGCCAGAUUUCUGAGUAUGACCACAUAGACUGUAGUGAAGAUAGCCAGAGUGCUGAGUAUGACCACAUAGACUGUAGUGAAGAUAGCCAGAGUGCUGAGUAUGACCAAAGACUGUAGUGAAGAUAGCCAGAGUGCUGAGUAUGACCAAAGACUGUAGUGAAGAUAGCCAGACUGCUUAGUAUGGCCACAUAGGCUGUAGUGAAGAUAGCCAUAGUGAUGAGUAUGACCAUAGACUGUUGAGAAGAUAGCCAUAGUGCCGAGUAUGACCACACAGACUGUAGUGAAGAUAGCCAGAGUGCUGAGUAUGACCAUAGACUGUAGUGAAGAUAGCCAGAGUGAUGUGUAUGAUCAAUGACUGUAGUGAAGAUAGCCAGAGUUCUGAGUAUGACCACAUAGACUGUAGUGAAGAUAGCCAGAGUGCUGAGUAUGACCAAAGACUGUAGUGAAGAUAGCCAGAGUGCUGAGUAUGACCAUAGACUGUAGUGAAGAUAGCCAGAGUGAUGUGUAUGAUCAAUGACUGUAGUGAAGAUAGCCAGAGUUCUGAGUAUGACCACAUAGACUGUAGUGAAGAUAGCCAGAGUGCUGAGUAUGACCAAAGACUGUAGUGAAGAUGGCCAGAGUGCUGAGUUUGACCACAUAGACUGUAGUGAAGAUAGCCAGAGUGCUGUGUAUGACCAAAGACUGUAGUGAAGAUAGCCAGAGUGCUGAGUAUGACCAAAGACUGUAGUGAAGAAAGCCAGAGUGCUUAGUAUGGCCACAUAGGCUGUAGUGAAGAUAGCCAUAGUGAUGAGUAUGACCAUAGACUGUUGAGAAGAUAGCCAUAGUGCCGAGUAUGACCACACAGACUGUAGUGAAGAUAGCCAGAGUGCAGAGUAUGACCAUAGACUGUAGUGAAGAUAGCCAGAGUGAUGUGUAUGAUCAAUGACUGUAGUGAAGAUAGCCAUUGUUCUGAGUAUGACCACAUAGACUGUAGUGUAGAUAGCCAGAGAGCUGAGUAUGACCAUAGACUGUAGUGAAGAUAGCCAUAGUGCUGAGUAUGACCAUAGACUGUUUUGAAGAUAGCCAUAGUGCUGAGUAUGACCACAUAGACUGUAGUGAAGAUAGCCAGAGUGCUGAGUAUGACCAUAGACUGUAGUGAAGAUAGCCAGAGUGCUGAGUAUGACCACAUAGGCUGUAGUGAAAAUAGUCAGAGUGCUGAGAAUGACCAUAGACUGUACAGAAGAUAGCCAGAGUGCUGAGUAUGACCUCAUAGACUGUAGUGAAGAUAGCCAUAGUGCUGAGAAUGACCAUAGACUGUAGAGAAGAUAGCCAAAGUGAUGAGUAUGAUCACAUAGACUGUAGCGAAGAUAGCCAUAGUGCUGAGUAUGACCACAUAGACUGUAUUGAAGAUAGCCAGAGUGCUGAGUAUGACCAUAGACUGUUGUGAAGAUAGCCAGAGUGCUGAGUAUGACCAAAGACUGUAGUGAAGAUAGCCAGAGUGCUGAGUAUGACCAAAGACUGUAGUGAAGAUAGCCAUAGUGCUGAGUAUGACCACAUAGACUGUAGUGAAGAUAGCCAUAGUGCUGAGUAUGACCAAAGACUGUAGUUAAGGUAGCCAGAGUGCUGCAUAUGACCAAAGACUGUUGUAAAGAUAGCCAGAGUUCUGAGUUUGACCAAAGACUGUAGUAAAGAUAGCCAUAGUGCUGGGUAUGACCACAUAGACUGUAGUGAAGAUAGCCAGAGUGCUGCAUAUGACCAAAGACUGUUGUGAAGAUAGCCAGAGUGCUGCUUAUGACCAAAGACUGUUGUGAAAAUAGCCAGAGUGCUGAGUAUGAACAAAGACUGUAGUAAAGAUAGCCAGUGUGCUAGGUAUGACCACAUAGACUGUAGUGAAGUUAGCCAGAGUGCUGAGUAUGACCAAAGACUGUAGUGAAGAUUGCCAGAGUGCUGCGUAUGACCAAAGGCUGUAAUGGAGAUAGCCAGAGUGCUGAGUAUGACCACAUAGACUGUAUUGAAGAUAGCCAGAGUGCUGAGUAUGACCAAAGACUGUAGUGAAGAUAGCCAGAGUGCUGAGUAUGACCAAAGACUGCUGUGAAGAUAGCCAGAGUGCUGAGUAUGAUCAAAGACUGAAGUGAAGAUAGCCAGAGUGCUGAGUAUGACCACAUAGACUGUAAUGAAGAUAGCCAUAGUGCUGAGUAUGAGCAAAGACUUUAGUGAAGAUAGCCAGAGUGCUGAGUAUGACCAAAGACUGUAGGGAAGAUUGCCAGAGUGCUGCGUAUGACCAAAGGCUGUAAUGGAGAUAGCCAGAGUGCUGAGUAUGACCACAUAGACUGUAUUGAAGAUAGCCAGAGUGCUGAGUAUGACCAAAGACUGUAGUGAAGAUAGCCAGAGUGCUGAGUAUGACCAAAGACUGCUGUGAAGAUAGCCAGAGUGCUGAGUAUGAUCAAAGACUGUAGUGAAGAUAGCCAGAGUGCUGAGUAUGACCACAUAGACUGUAGUGAAGAUAGCCAGAGUGCUGAGUAUGACCACAUAGACUGUAGUGAAGAUAGCCAGAGUGCUGAGUAUGACCAAAGACUGUAGUGAAAAAAGCCAGAGUGCUGAGUAUGACCACAUAGACUGUAGUGAAGAUAGCCAGAGUGCUGAGUAUGACCAAAGACUGUAGUGAAGAUAACCAGAGUGCUUAGUAUGACCACAUAGACUGAAGUGAAGAUAGCCAGAGUGCUGAGUAUGACCAAAGACUGUAGUGAAGAUAGCCAUAGUGCUGAGUAUGACCAAAGACUGUUGUGAAGAUAGCCAUAGUGCUGAGUAUGACCAUAGACUGUAGUGAAGAUAGCCAGAAUGCUGAGUAUGACCAAAGACUGUAGUGAAGAUAGCCAGAGUGCUGAGUAUGACCAAAGACUGUAGUGAAGAUAGCCAUAGUGCUGAAUAUGACCAUAGACUGUAUUGAAGAUAGCCAGAGUGCUGAGUAUGACCACAUAGACUGUAUUGAAGAUAGCCAGAGUGCUGAGUAUGACCACAUAGACUGUAUUGAAGAUAGCCAUAGUGCUGAGUUUGACCAAAGACUGUAGUGAACAUAUCUAUAUUGCUGAGUAUGACCAAAGACUUUAGUGAAUAUAGCCAUAGUGCUGAGAAUGACCACAUAGAUUGUAUUGAAGAUAGCUAGAGUGCUGAGAAUUACCAUAGACUGUAGUAACUUUGAAUGAGUGUAGUGCCAUGUGGGUGGAUGAGUUUUGUGUGGGUGUAAGUGUGGAUGAUUGUAGUGCCAUUUGGGUGGAUGGGUUUGUGGGUGAAAGUUUGGAUGAGUGCAGUGCCAGUUGGAUUGAUGAGUUUUAUGUGGGUAAAAGUAUGGAUUAAUGUAGUGCCAUGUGGGUGGAUGAGUUUUGUAUGGGUGUAAGUAUGGAUGAGUAUAGUGUCAUGUGGGGAGUGGAUGAGUUUUGUGUGGGUGUAAGUGUGGAUGAGUGUAGUGUUAUGUGGGUGGAUGAGUUUUGUGUGGGUGUAAGUGUGGAUGAGUGUAGUGUAAUGUGGGUGGAUGGGUUUUGUGUGGGUGUAAGUGUGGAUGAGUAUUUUGUUCUGUGGGUGGAUGAGUUUUGUGUUAGUGUAAGAAUGGAUGAGUGUAGUGUUAUGUGGGUGGAUGAGUUGUGUGUGGGCGUAAGUAUGGAUGAGUGUAUUGCCAUAUGGGUGGAUGAGUUUUGUGUUAGUGUAAGUGUGGAUGAGUUUAGUGCCAUGUGGGUAGAUGAGUUUGUAAGGGUGGAUUAAUGUAGUGUCAUGUGGGUUGAUGAGUUGUGUGUGGGUGUAAGUAUGGAUGAGUGUAUUGCCAUAUGGGUGGAUGAGUUUUGUGUGAGUGUUAAGUGUGGAUGAGUUUAGUGCCAUGUGGGUGGAUGAGUUUGUAAGGGUGGAUAAGUGUAAUGCCAUGUGGGUUUACGUGUUGAUGAGUUUAAUUCAGUUUGGGGUUAAGUGUGGAUGAGUGUUAAACUGUAUAUGUGAGUUUGGAUGAGAGGAAUAUUGUUUUGGUGUACCCUCUAUGUUUAAAAAGAAAGCUCUGUUCUUGUAAAGGGUGUAAGUGUGGAUGAGUAUUUUGUUCUGUGGGUGGAUGAGAUUUGUGUGGGUGUAAGUAUGGAUCAGUGUAUUGCCAUAUGGGUGGAUGAGUUUUGUGUGAGUGUAAGUGUGGAUGAGUUUAGUGCCAUGUGGGUAGAUGAGUUUGUAAGGGUGGAUAAGUGUAGUGUCAUGUGGGUUGAUGAGUUGUGUGUGGGUGCAAGUAUGGAUGAGUGUAUUGCCAUAUGGGUUGAUGAAUUUUGUGUGAGUGUUAGUGUGGAUGAGUUUAGUGCCAUGUGGGUGGAUGAGUUUGUAAGGGUGGAUAAGUGUAGUGCCAUGUGGGUCGAUGAGUUUGUAAGGGUGGAUAAGUGUAAUGCCAUGUGGGUUUACGUGUGGAUAAGUUUAGUUCAGUUUGGGGUUAAGUGCAGAUGAGUGUUAAACUGUAUAUGUGAGUUUGGAUGAGAGGAAUAUAGUUUUGGUGUACCCUCUAUGUUUAAAAAGAAAGCUCUGUUCUUGUAAAGAUCUGUGAAGUUUCAAUUAAUCAUAAAAUUGCCAUAAAUGUAUUUUAUAGUUUAUAGUUUUAUACAUUUUGCUUACUUUAUCAUGUCAUUUCAACUUUUAACUGGCUUUCUUUACUAUUCGCUCAAUAAGCCUGGAAAAUAUAAGGAUUCCAAUUGACAUUCAUAGGUUAACUUACAUUACUCCAAGCCUUAUAUAUUCUCAUUAUAUCUACGCAUGCUUUAAGUAAUUUUAUCAUAAAAUAUAUUGUCCUCAUUUACUUUUUUUUCAAUUUAUGUUUUUCACUUUAAAAUUACAUUUACAAUGUCUGGACGUUAUUUUUAUAGAGAAAAUGGUGGUUUUCAGAACAUGUGCGGUAUAGUUGUUUAUUUUAUAAAGUUUUCUUGGUUCCCAGACAAAUUUAUUAUCUAAAUCACAGCUUUAAUGUUUACAACUACAGUUGCAAAAACAACUCAUUUUACAUUUUUAACUCCUUUUUUUCCAAGUAAGUGUUAUUUUAAAGGAUUUGCUUGAUAAAUAAACAGGAUCUAGGUUAAAUUAAAAAUAAGAAGGAAUUUGUCCAUUUGCCAUAUAUUUUUUACAUUCAUGAAUUGAUAUUUUUUUAUUUUAUUUAAAAUCUUAAAAUUAAUAUGAGAUUUGCCAUUUGUUUAGAAAAUCUGUUUGGAAGCAAUGUGUGAGUGAGAAGAUUUGUUUAGUUUACAUUUAAUCAUUUAUACUAAAAUUUCUGUAAGACCAUGGACUACUUGUUUUAUCAUAUCUUAGUUUAAAUGUUUUUAAUGUGGAUUCUUUUUGUUUGUAAGAUAACUGUAAUUGUGAUGAAUUUAUUUUGCAAUUUUAUCAAUAAUUUUAUCAGAGGAAUGGAACAUACAGGAAGACUUUUUGCAAAUCAUAUGUUUAAAUCUAAAAUUUAGUGACUUUGUUAUCUUAGCUAUGAUAAACAGUCACACAUGUUAUAAAUCUACAGGAAUUAUUUUGUAAAGAGCUUGCCAACCAUGCAUUUACACAGACUUUCUAUUAAUUUUGUUUGAUUCUAUUGAUUUUAUUUAUGUGUGUUAAGUUUAAAAAAAACUUUCCACAAAAAGUUCAAAUUAUAAGUGAAUAAAGUGCUUUGAUUACAGUU